AUGGUAAAUGAUAUUCCAGCCACUGAAGCUAAAAUGCUGCCUUUAUCCGGUAAUCAUUUUACGGUUCAAGCGCCGGAACACUUUUCGUUCAGCCCAACAGAUUGGCCGCGAUGGAAACGUCGAUUUGAUCGUUUUAGAAUAGCUUCGGGACUGGAUAAAAGAAAUGAGGUUGAGCAAGUGAACACCCUAGUGUACCUUAUGGGUGAUCAGGCAGAUGACAUUUUUCUCUCAUUCAACCUAAGUUCCGCGGAUGAAAAGAAGUUUAUACCCGUAUUAAACGCAUUUGAAAAUUUCUUUGUAAUGAAGCAUAACGUGAUUUACGAAAGGGCAAAGUUCAAUUCUCGUAGCCAGUUAGAUGGAGAAAGCAUCGAAGAUUUCAUUACGGCACUUUAUUUGCUUUCAGAGAAUUGCAAUUAUGCUGCUCUGCGCGACGAAAUGUUACGGAAUCGAUUGGUCGUCGGUGUGCGAGACAGACGGUUGUCAGAGAGGUUGCAGUUAGAAUCGGAGUUAACGCUAGAAAAGGCUAUACAAACAGUCAGACAGCACGACGCAGUUAGAAGACAACAAGUAGACUUGUCUACUACAACUACAAGCACUGUUAAUAGCAUUCGCUCUCAUUCCCACAAACCAAAAACGGCGUCACCUACACAAAGUUCUUUUCGAAAUAAAGGAGAAACAACAAAGACAAAAGAUGUUCAAUGUCCGUGGUGUGGUAUGCAAGGGAAACAUGGAAAACAAAAAUGUCCCGCAAGAGGCAAACAAUGCCGCUUAUGUAAAAAGUGGAACCAUUUCAGUAGUGUAUGCAGACAAAAAUCGAAGAACAGCGACAAAAUAUUUCGCGUAGAAGAAGACGAAGACGAGCCCUUGUUUAUUGGUACGGUGGUAGACGAAAACUCUAGUGUCGAUAGGUGGACUGCGGGAGUAAAAGUGAAUGGGAAACUAAUAACUUUUAUAUUGGAUACAGGAGCAGCGGUUGACGUUUUACCACUUCAGUACUUUAAAUCAACAUUUCCUCAUGUGAAGUUAAGUUCAUCUGAUAAAAAGUUAUGCGGCCCUUCUGGCGGAAGACUUAAUGUCGCAGGUGUAUUCAACUGUGAAUUAAAUUAUGGCCAACAAUGCUGUAAAUCCAAUGUUUACAUAAUAAAUAAUCUAAAAUCACCACUUUUGAGUUUAAAAUCUUGUCAAAAUUUAAAAAUUAUAGAACGGAUAAACGCUUUUAAUACUCCUUGUGACCGAACAGUUCAAAAAUCAUCGAUACAAAUAGAAGUUGAAUAUCCCAAGUUAUUUAAGAAAUUGGGUUGUAUUGACACUGAAUACGAAAUUAAAUUACAAUCGAACGCGAAGCCAUAUGCAAUCGCUACUGCAAGACGCGUACCUAUACCUUUGAAAUCAAAACUCAAGUCAAAACUUGAUGAAAUGCUGCAGUUAGAAGUGAUAAGAAGGGUAGAUGAGCCGACCGAAUGGUGUGCCCCAAUGGUCAUUGUUACUAAGCCCGAUGGUGACAUUCGGCCCUGUGUUGAUCUUGGGAAGCUGAAUAUGGCAAUUCAACGGGGUAUCCACCCAAUGCCGGUCGCAGAUCAUUCAUUGGCUCAGCUAGAAGGCGCUAAAUAUUACACCAAGUUGCGAACUAUGGAUUCUGGCAGAUUUAAUUAUCACCUAAAUCAGAGCUUCUUACAACAUUCCUCACUCCAUUUGGUAGGUUUUGUUUCCAAAGGCUGCCCUUUGGCAUUUGCACCGCUCCGGAGUUGUUUCAGAGGGAAAUGCAGCGUAUUCUCGAGGGAGUUGAUGGAGUUAUCUGCCAAAUGGACGACAUUUUGGUAA